AUGGGAUGGCUCAUUGAAGUAGCUAGAUUUGAUUUCUUUCAUGACGAUUAUCUACAAAUUUUCAGGUACUGUGAAUGCUUUGCUUCUGGAAUCUAUUGCAAUGGGUGCAAUUGUGUUGAUUGUCACAAUAACAUCGAAAAUAAGCCCGCGAGGAUUGCAGCUGUUGAAAGUAUUUUAGAACGAAACCGGAAUGUUUUCAGCUCAAAAACCGCCAACAGCCCACAUCUAACUCCAGAUAUUAAGCAUAUGGCUGAAAAUCCGAUAAUAUUCUGUAGUAACAUGGGCUUUGUAUCAUUGGAAUUGGUCUUGGUACGAUUUAAGGUUCAGAACAAGGACACUACGUCCGUAGCAAAACAACAAAAGGGGUGCCACUGUAAGAAAACAUUUUGCCUAAAGAAAUAUUGCCAGUGCUUCCAAGCUGAGAUCCUUUGCUCUGAACAUUGUAAAUGCUUGGACUGCAAGAACCUAAAAGGAUGUGCGGAGAGAUUAGUCCUAUCACCUCAGGAACGAUAUAAUGCCAAAACCUGUUUCAGGAGGGCCAGUGCUACACCUACUGCUGCUAUCCAGCGGUCAGACUCUUUGGUAUCAAUUAGAAAAGGAGGCCAGGAACCUUUGGGUUUUAAUGAGAAAAAUACUCCAAUUCAGGUACCCUUCUCGUCCAAAUGCUACAAUGUUAUUGCUUUUGGACGACGAAAGCAUUUCUACCACUCUACUUCAUAUUACCUUCAUAGUAAAUCCAAUGGCUUAACUAAAAUUACAUGGAUACUUUAAAAGGAAUUCGUUAUUAUUUUCUACAUAGCCUUUAGGGCAGAAAUGAGAAUAAAUGCCUUGCUCUUUAUUGAUUUGGCUGCUCAAUUAAACAUACAUGUUGAUGGAAAUGAAGAUAGAUUUCUCAAUUUAAGAACUUAAGAUGAAUCUCAGUGAACCAGAGAUGAAUCUAAGAACACAAAUCAGUAAGACUAAUUAUCAAACAGUUAAAAAACGAAAAGCAUGAAAGCAUAAAUCAACACAAGUAUAUAUACUAGUUCAGAAAAAGAUCAAUGUGAUUUUGAACCUAAUCCAGUUUU